UAACCCGGUUUACGGCACGCGUGAACGCCAUUUUCAGUUGGACGGAGAGAAAGAAAUAUCGUUGUCGACUGAAGUUGAUUCAGAAAAGAACAUCUCAAGAUGAAGAUUGAAGAAGUAAAGAGUAAUUCAAAGUCUCAACGUAUUGCGUCACACAGCCAUGUGAAAGGAUUAGGUUUAGAUGAAAAUGGUUAUGCAAUUCAAACUGCUGCUGGGCUUGUUGGUCAGGAAUUAGCCCGCGAGGCUGCUGGUGUUGUUGUAGAAAUGAUUCGAUGCAAGAAAAUGGCAGGAAGAGCUGUGCUAUUCGCAGGACCUCCUGGAACAGGAAAGACUGCUAUUGCAUUAGCUAUUGCUCAAGAGCUUGGCAGCAAAGUUCCAUUCUGCCCAAUGGUUGGAAGUGAAGUGUAUUCUAGUGAAAUUAAGAAGACGGAAGUUUUAAUGGAAAAUUUUCGACGUGCCAUUGGCUUGCGUAUAAAAGAGACUAAGGAGGUUUAUGAAGGAGAAGUCACAGAAAUUACACCAGCAGAAACAGAAAACCCAAUGGGCGGCUAUGGCAAGACUGUAAGUCAUGUGAUAAUUGGUUUGAAAACGGCAAAAGGGACAAAGCAAUUAAAAUUAGACCCUUCCAUCUUUGAGAGUUUACAAAAAGAGAAAGUUGAAGUCGGUGAUGUGAUCUACAUUGAAUCAAACAGUGGUGCUGUAAAAAGACAAGGAAGAUCUGACAGCUAUGCUACAGAAUUUGAUCUUGAAGCUGAAGAAUAUGUUCCCUUACCUAAAGGAGAUGUCCACAAGAAAAAGGAGGUAAUUCAGGAUGUAACUCUGCAUGAUUUGGAUACAGCUAAUGCACGCCCACAGGGUGGUCAAGAUGUAAUGUCAAUGAUGAGUAGUCUAAUGAAACCAAAGAAAACUGAAAUCACUGAUAAACUGCGUAAAGAGAUUAACAAAGUAGUAAAUACAUACAUUGACCAAGGAAUUGCUGAACUGGUUCCGGGACUUCUGUUCAUUGAUGAAGUUCAUAUGCUGGACAUUGAAUGUUUCACCUAUUUACAUAGAGCUCUAGAAUCCUCCAUCUCUCCAAUUGUCAUCUUUGCUACUAAUCGAGGCAAAUGUACAAUCAGGGGUACUGAAGACAUAGUGUCUUCCCAUGGCAUUCCACUUGAUCUUUUAGACCGAGUCAUGAUCAUUAGAACACUACCUUAUACACAAGAGGAAAUGAUGCAGAUCCUAGGUAUUCGCUCACAAACUGAAUCAAUUCACAUCAGUGAUGAAUCUUUACAGUUACUCAGCUUGACUGGAACUAAUUCCACACUCAGAUAUGCUGUCCAGCUUCUUACACCAGCUAACUUAUUAGCUCGAAUAAAUGGAAAAGAUGGCAUUGGUAAAGAAGAAAUUGAAGAAGUGAAGAAAUUAUUUUAUGAUGCCAAAUCUUCAGCAAAGCUUUUACAGAAAUUUGAUGACAAAUAUAUGAAGUAAAUGAAAGUACAUCACAACACAUAAUUUCUUACAUAAAAUUUUUUUUCCCUCUAA